GCUGAACUGGAGUAAAUGAAUGGAUUUUGAGACUGAUCUGGAGCGAACAAUCGGAUUUGGAGACUGUUGGAACGAAUGAUCGGAUUUCAAGACUUAUUUGGAGCGAAAAAUUGGAUUUGGAGACUAUGAAUCGUGUUGCAGUGUGGUUGGUGUGUCUGGCUUUGGUGGUGAGUGCGAUGGCCAGACGAGGAGGUGGUGGAUUUAAAGGGGGUUUCAGCUUCGGGAAGGGCAGUAGCACGGGCAGUAAAGGGACGAGCACGGGAAACAGAGGAGGCAGUAAAACCAGAGGGUCCUCGACUGGAGGAACACACUCCCAACCAGCCAAUUAUCCUCGCCAGCCUCAAGUACCUAACCAAAACCCUCCACCAUAUCCUGGCACUGGUGGAGGACAUGCAGGCUCUUUUCCAGGCAGAGGGGGCACUGGAGGCAAUCCGGGCCAGGGGGGCUAUCCAGGUCAAGGACGCUAUCCAGGUCAAGGGUCAUAUCCAGGUCAAGGAUCAUACCCAGGUCAAGGAUCAUACCCAGGGGCUGGGUCAUAUCCCAACAGUUACCCAGGAAGGGGUGGAGCGUUCCCUUAUCCUCAAGGUGGUUCUUACCCUGGGUACCCAGUCCGAGGAGCAUCCUAUCCUGGUUCUAAUCCCAACCAGUAUGGUGGUGCAGGAGGAUAUCCUGGAGCAGCACAAUACCCCUACUGGAACCCCAACAAUAAAAUCAUCAGCCCUCGUUAUGGUGGUAACUAUGGAUAUCGUGGUUAUGGAGCAGGAGGUUCUCCUUUCGCCCAGUCUGUGCACAAUAUGGGCAUGGGGCCCUCUCUCCAAUCAAAAGGGUUUGGUAAGCAGGCGCUGAUGGCUGCAGGAGUUGGAGCUAUGGCUGGAAUGGCAGUAGGUUAUGGCCUGGGCAGUUUUCCACGCCCACACUUCUCGUUUCACAACCCACAAGAAGAAUAUUAUUAUAACCACUACAUGUCCCGGCGCUAUGGUACCAGACCUGACAGUAACAAAGACCCCAACUCUCCAGGUACAGGGCCAGGUGACUCUGGAGCAAGUUCGACAAACAUCUUUCAAAAUCUUCCACCGAACUCACAUGACAAGUACAUGGACAGUUGUAUGAAGAGGACGGAUUUGUUGCGAGACUUGGAGGGCAGAAAUAAGAGAGCUGCUGAAGACUCAUGGCCACAGGAGGUAGAGGAUAGUGAGAAGAGUCUGAACGAAGAUGAUCUAAAUGAGCCCCUGGGUGGGAAACCAGUUGGGGAAGCAGAGUCUCAAGGAUCAGACCUCAUUACAGGAAAUGAAAACACUGGGGAAGGAAAUAAAACUAGCAAUGCCACAGAUAACCCUCUGCCAUUUGCUGAAAAGCUUACUGGUGGUACAGAGCCACCCACUGAGCCUCAGGAGAAGAUGAAUGAGGAAGAAGAAAAAGAUGAUGAUGAUGAUGAUGAGGCUACUGUAAGCAUAUUGGAAAUCGGCUAUCCUACACUGAUCGAACAGCUGAAAUUCCGACGCUGUCUUGAGCUGUACGUGGUUUACGCUGAGCAUCACGCUGAGAAACAGGUUCUAGUGGGCAUUGAUGAUAGUGGUGGUGAACAGCUCAUGCCACUUGGGCUCAUAGUCAUCUCUCUGCUUAUGAACUCCCUGUUAUUCUACUGAACCUACUGAGCUUUUCUGAGACCAUGUACACCUGCUUUAGUCAUGGUAAGGCAUAUCAAGUGAGUUACAAGAGAGAGAAAAAAACAUCCAGAGAGUGAGUUGAGAAUAUAAUGAUGAUCUGGUGAUAUACAGCCUUAGUCUUGGCUAAUUCUAAAAAUCAAGGAAUGCAUAUUUCAGAAUAUUUCAGAAUAAGUAAUGAUUUCUGCCUCAAACAUUACUGUUGUUAUAAAUUAUAUUGCCUCAGAAAAACCCAGAGGACAUUAGCUGUUAAUGGCUGUUGCUGAAGCUAAACCAGGAUUGCAUUCGUCUACAUGGGUCACGCAAUCAGUGACUCUCAUGAUUGUCGUUACACUGUGUGAAAUUUGUCUUAUCAUGAUCUCACUGCAUGAGUGUAUACAAUACUGCACCCCUCAGUCCUCAAGAGGUUGCUUCAUUUCUGCAAACAAAGAUAAACAUCACCUUUUAAUUAUUUCCUGCUGAUUUAUAGGCAUCACAUGCACAACCUGGACACAUGCUGCUUAUUUAAUCUUUUCAUAUCUUUAGGUCAGUGGCUUUACUGCUUGUGGUACUAUAGAAAUUACACUAGGCCUCGUUUAUCAAUUCUACACGUGCUCCUGAGUGUGUGUGUGUGUAAAUUUACACAAGUCUAACUAAUAUUAGACUAACGUCACAUUUCCAUGGAUUGCUGCACGUGUAUGUCAGGAUUACGUCAAGUUUAAAUAGCUUUGUUUUAUUGCAUAUCACAUGAUCAUGCAGUGAACAAACGACACCGCUGAUAAAGAUUACGGUCAUGACGGAGGAUAUUUAAAUAUAAUGUUUAUUUAUUUUGGGAGGCUAAAUAUUGGCGUAUAAAUUGGUCCCGCUUUUAAUGCUGUGCAACUAGAGAUGAAACGCUUAGCGGUUUCACGAUGAAAUUCCCCGCCAGAUAGUAUUACCGUGUUGCAUUUUAAUUAUAAUUAAAACUGUGCGCGAUUAUCGUCAUUUGUAAAAUUCAUGGUAAAUGCUGUCCACACACACCCGGCUGAGUCUGAUGCAAAUCCAAAGUGUGGUCAUAUUUUGGGUUUUAUAAAAUUGCUGAAUUGCUGAUUCAUUUUUAUUCUUAAUGAAAAACAACAACAACAACAAAACAGUCCAAUGACAAACUCGCUUAUAUUGAACCAAAUGUUCCACCAGGAAGAGUGAGGCAAGCUGACUGACAAGACGAUGGUGGAACAUUUGGUUUAAUAUAAGCAAGUUUGAACGAGUAAAUGAAAUCUGACUCCUGCUGAUCUGUGACUCAUUCGGCUCAUGCUGAAUUGAGCAGACAUGUUCAGUUUUAAUUGUAGUGUCCGUUCCGUACCUGAAUGAAAUGCUUUUUAUUACUAUAAAAAAGCAAAACGACAGUGGGGGCGGUGCCGCGGUGGGCGAGUGAUGUAAUCGGUGUGCGUGUAACACUGGGAACAACGACUACCACAGCAAGCUUAGUGAUAACCGUGCAUCACUUUAUAGUCAAUCAUAAAACCUGUUAAAUGAUUUCAGUGUGUCUAUCAGUACUUUUUGUACAUUUUCAGCACAUUUUAACAAUACUGUGAUAGUUUUGGUCACGAUAAUCAUGAUAUGAAAUUUUAUACCGUUAUAUCUCUAUGUGCAAUCUUCCAGCACUUCGGGUGAGACACGUAUAACAAUUUAAACCGAGCAGUUUCCCUGUGUGAUGAGCUGGUGUGCAUGAUUACUUGGAUACAGUGUACAGGUUUUUUUUCCCCCUCUGUUUUCAUUUGACACCAUUUUCUUGUCAUCCCACUUAAUUCAGACCUAAUUGACGUUUUCUUUUAUGGCAGUGUUUUUCUUUCAUUGGUAUAGAAGUGAGGCAAAAUGGCUUCCAAUUUUACCUCUCUGCCUUUUCGUAACCGAACCAUUUUGUGAUUUCAUAGUUUUGUGGGCAUCAUGACAAUGAUCUUUGCACUCUGUGCUCAACAUAUGUAUGGGACAAGGAAAAAAACUCAACUUUUCAGAAACUUUUGUAAAUCUUGUGGAACAUUUACACAACUCUUUACUAAUAGAUUUAUAAAUGAGGCCCAGUGUCUUUUAUGUAGUGGAUUUGUGUUUAGUGGAUUUACUGUUUACUUUGUAAAUAGCUCAGUGAUGGCAUCUAGGACUAACGAGUAAAGUAGUCUGAAGACGAUAUAAAUGAUAACAUUUUAAAGAUUCAGUAGGCUAUAUGAAUGUACAUUUAGUUCGCUGUACUGUUUUGAAAGUUUUUUUAAAUAAAAUCUCCAGACAGAAAUUAUUUUUGAAGUGUUUAGUUUUAGAUGUGAUUUUAAUAUGUGACUUUAUGUAUGCUUUGUAGUAAGACUUGAGUUGACUUUUUUUUUUUGGUCACAUUUAAAUUUAAUCAUUAUAGUUUAGACACAAACACUAAACACUCCCUAUAAGUGAACCUCUGAACUCAUUUGCACUACAGUAUUUACAGUUCAACUUAAAUACGUACAUAACCCACCAGGUGUGCUUGGUAAAUGGUUUUGUGUAGGGCACGAUGAUUGCAUUUUGCUUUUUGAUGCUCUGUAACAGAUAUGGAAAUGUGGAUGUUUUUUUUUUAUCUAUUUCUGAAGACUGCACUAACACAUUAUUGUACCCUGUACUCAUGGUUUUGUAAUACUUUUAACACAUAAUUGUCAAUAUUUCUCUAUCCAUGCUUAAUCUUAAAUUAAACGACGUGUUUCACCGUC